AUGGGGAACACGGAGUACCAUUGUGCUCUCACUCUGAGGACUGGUCUAUGCAAUGGAUUUUUCUGGGGUUGCCUGAACCGCAGAAGCACCGACCUUCGAUUGAUGUUUGGCGAUGGGCAUGAAGAUGUUGAGAGGACAUGCCGAUACGUUCAGAAAGAUGGGGCUGUUUUUCGGUAUCGCGAAUUCUGCGCCAAAACUAGAUGCCAGUCGAAUGCAGGUGGGCUUCAAGCAUCCUUGACUGCUAUGGAGAGGCAGUCCGAGGAGGACCGAGGGGCAAGCUUGCUGGUCGACGAGUUCCCGCUUCUCAUCCGGAAAGCUCCUGAUUCGAAGCUCGGCGUUAAGUUUCUCUCUUCGGCACGAGGCAUUCUACACAAGCACUGCGUUUUGUGGAGCCAGGACUUCGCGAAGCUGGCUGCGUGGAAGAAGGUGCAUGUUCUGCUUCAGAGCCAGUGCGUCUUAGUUCGCGAGGAGGGAAGCGCCUCUAUCCUAACGCCCUGCACCCUGGUUGCCUCGGACUGCGAGCUCGAAGUCAUGGGACUCGCGGCCAAGGACGGGCGGCGCUUCUGUGUGCCGUGCAGGGACUUCGCUGGGGCCAUCAAGGCCGAGACCGCCUUCGUCGUGUGGAUGCCCGCAGAGGCGUUCCAGGCGCUUGGCCUUCCAGGCGCCAAGGGCCUCGAGGAGCUCCCCGAGUUCCUCCACGCACGGGCCACCGCCACCGCUUCGAGGCCAGCAGCCUGCACGGGGGGACCCAGGGACCCCGAGCUGGCGAUGAGGGGCGCUGACGUCUUCCCCGGGGACCAAAGCCCGUUCGCGAGCUACCUGGACUCGCUCGUCCCCGGCGUGGGGCCGGAGCCAGACGACGGCGACGGCGAGGCGGCGGAGAAGGCCGCCCCCCCGCAGAGAGGCGCGCAGAACGUCGACAGGAAGAGGAGCAGCAGGCACGAAGACCCCCAGUGGAUCCAGAGCCAGGGCGCGCUGCUGCAGAGCGCCGCCCCGGCGGCGGGCCAGCCCGCGCCGGGGCGAGGCGCGAACCUCCUCCGCGAGGACUUCGAGAUCCACGAGGGCUUCGACGAGCGCUUCGCCGCGCUGCGCUCGGCGGCGGGGAGGAAGAGGCCCGCGCCCGCCGGGAGGGCUGCGCCCAGCUCCGUCCUGUGCGCCUCGCCAUCUGGGCUGGAGGCUGGGGCGCCCAGUGCACCCACUCGCCCUCGCCAGGGUCGGAGUACUGCAGGCAGCACAGCAGAGAGAUCGCGCGGCAGGGCUACCUGA